AUGAAGUCAAAGAUCAUUGAAUUCAAACAUGUAACACUCGGUGAUCAAAGAGAAUCACUGAUAGGGAUUCAUUACGUCCGGAAAGUAGUUAGGAAAUUCUUUGAUGGAGAGAGUGGGAUUUGUCAAGGUUUGUUGCAGACACUGCAGAUUGCUCGUUCAGUUAGACAAAUGAUGAGGAAGAUGUAUGAUAAAAGAGCUGGUGGCAAGGAAUAUUUGCAGUCAGGAAAUGCUUCACUCGGGGGCUCAUUACAGCACGAUUCAAAUAAGCAACAUAUUGUGAUUGGCCUUGAUGACUACUUGGGUAGAAUGCUGGACCAAAUUACUGGAUUUCCAUCUAGACUAGAAAUCGUCACGAUUGUUGGGAUGGGUGGCAUCGGUAAAACAACACUUGCCAAAAACAUCUUUGAUCAUCCUUACACCAUUUAUCACUUCUAUUGUCGUGCAUGGGUUGCAGUGUCCCAAGUUUAUCAAGUGAGGGAUUUGUUAUCAGGCAUUUUGAGCUCUGUUGGUCAACUCAAUGCUGAAACCUAUUCAAAAACCAAUGACCAAUUAGCUGAGGUCUUGUAUAGAAGUUUGAAGGGCAGGAGAUAUUUAAUUGUCAUGGAUGAUAUGUGGAGUGCUAAGGCUUGGGAUGAUGUCAAAAGAUCUUUUCCAAAUGAUAAAAAUGGAAGUCGAGUAAUAGUAACUACUCGGUUUAACGGAUGUGGCUAUCUAUGUCAAUCCGAAAAUGCCUCCUCAUUUUAUGAGCCUGCUAAGCAUAGAGAAAUUCCUAAUUUUAUGAUGAAAUUUAAAAUUUUUCUACAAAUGGGGUUUUUUGUGUGUAGCAUUCUGUCAAGUGAUGUUCGCAUUUGCAAAAUACGAGCUCACUGA